AUGACGGAUCUUGAGCACCAUCACACGUGCUUGGAUCUUAUUUUCUUUCCUCGCAGAGAGUUGAUUCCACUGGUGGACAAGGCGUGGGUUAUGGAUAUGGGUGGGACUUUGGACUUUUGCGUUGCAGACAAUGGCUCCAAGAUCAAAGUGAACGGCGUCGUCUGCAAGGCGGCCGCCGAUGUGAAAGCCGAGGACUUCAAGUCGAGCCUGCUGGCGACUCCCGGGAACACCGACAACAAGCUCGGCUCCAACGUCACGCUGGCGAGUGUCAACAAUUUCCCCGGUCUCAACACCUUUGGUGUAGCUUUUGCCCGCAUCGACUAUGCUCCCGGCGGCACCAAUCCCCCCCACGUCCAUCCCCGAGGAUCCGAGUUGCUCUUCCUCGUGCACGGGAACCUCUUAGUCGGAUUCAUCACCACCUUGCCGGACAACAAGCUCUUCGCCCAAAUGCUCUAUCCUGGAGAUCUGUUCGUCUUCCCUCGGGGACUCAUUCACUUCCAGCUCAACGUUGGAAAGGAGCCUGCGGUUGCGAUGGCUGGCUUCAACAGCCAAAACCCCGGGGCAACUCAGGUGGCCAAGGCGGUGUUUGAUUCCAGUCCUCCAAUCAACGACAACGUGAUCGCAAAAGCGUUCCAGAUUGACGACCGUGGUCUCAUCCAGAAGUUGAGAGAGCUCAUCGGCAUGACUUGAAAGUUUCUCCAAAGGUUGGGAGGCUGACUUGACUGAAUGGAAAGAUAAAUAAAUUCUUUUUCCACCUUUC